AUGCAGUUUAUGAACCAGGAAAUCAAAGAGGAUAAGAAAGUGUGCCAUAGCAUUCAUGAAAUGGUCUGGAAAAGUGACGAAUGGACAAAAUGGGUGCGUGUUGCGGAACCUGGUAAGCGGAAGGAGUGGAACAGGGGAGAAGGUGACUGCGGCGGCGUCCGGCGCGGUGGUGGUGCACAGCGUCGCGGUGGCGGAGGAGGGGGGGGUAGGUGGCGGAGAGGGGGGCGCGGUGGGUUGGCCGGCGGUGGAGGGCGGUGGCUGCGGUUGGCAGUGGUGGAGAGGGGGGAAGAGAGGAAGAAGGAAGAAGAGAGAAGGGGAGGGGGUGGUAUGGCGGUGGCGGCUGGGCGGCGGCGGCGUCGGGGUGGUGGCGUGCGGGAAGAAGAGGAGAGAAGGGGGAGAGGGUUAGGGGUGAAGGGAGGGUUGCGCGACUGA